UAAUAAUCUCCUGUUGGACCAUGAUGUUUCAUUUGUGCGGUGAUGACAAGCCCUUUCACUUUUAAAGCAACAGUCGCAAAACCUGGACGAAUCGUGUGGAGUGCUUCGUAAAGCCUGUUUUCCCCCGGACCAGUCUUCUAAGAUUUUUAGGCUCUUUGAUCAUGUUGGGGUGUUUAUUGACGAUAUUUCUGGUCUUUAUCUCCGUGCUGCUGCUGAUCUGCGCUUUCUGCGGGCGCAGAAGGAAGGACCACGAGCCCCCACUGAUUAAAGGCUGGAUUCCAUUCCUGGGAAAAGCUUUAGAAUUCAGAAAUAACUCUCAGCAGUUUCUUACGCAACUGCAGCAGGAGCAUGGAGAUGUUUUUACUGUACUAAUAGCAGGAAGGUACAUAACAUUCAUAAUGAACCCCCUCCAGUACCCCUCUGUGAUCAAGCAUGGGAAACAGCUGGAUUUCCACACGUUUUCAGACAGCGCAGCAUCCAGGACGUUUGGUUACCCACCGGUCCGGAGUGGCCUCUUCCCUGGAAUGAGUGACAGCCUCCAGCGGAGUUACAUUCUGCUGCAGGGGCCUGCCCUCGACCCGCUCACGUUCAGCAUGAUGGGAAACUUACAGCAGGUCAUGCAACGCCUUUUUCUGCCCAGUGAAGAAUCUGGGUCUGAUGGCGAUUGGCAAGAGGCGGAACUAUAUGAGUUCUGUAAAUGUGUAAUGUUUCAGACCACAUUUAACACGCUAUAUGGACAUUCAUCAGAUCUGCGUCUGGAUCAGCUGCGAGAGGACUUUGAGAAGUUCGAUGCCAUUUUCCCUUUACUAAUGGCCCGUGUUCCCAUCACCUUGCUGGGAAAAACCAAAGAAAUUCGUGAGAAGCUGACAAGAUUUUUCUAUCCUCAAAGAAUGGCAGAAUGGAGGGCUCCAUGCGAGUUCAUACAGACCCGAAAGGCUUUGUUCCAGGAGUAUGACGCACUUCAGGACAGAGAUAAAGCAGCACAUCAUUUUGCCAUGCUGUGGGCAUCAGUGGGAAACACUAUCCCAGCAGCCUUCUGGUGUCUUUACCACCUCAUCUCCUGCCCGGAUGCCCUCGAAGCAGUGAGAGCAGAGAUUCUCAAUGUGGUUGGAGAGAAGAACAUGCAGUUGGUGUUUGAAGAAGACAUCACAAUUACACGACAGCAGCUAGAACAGAUGGUUUACCUGGAGAGUGCAAUAAACGAGAGUUUACGUCUCUCCUCUGUAUCAAUGAACAUCCGUGUGGUUCAGGAAGAUUUCUGUUUGCGUCUGGAUGCCCAGCAUACAGUCAACCUACGAAAAGAUGACAUUGUUGCUCUUUACCCACAAACCACACACCUCGACCCUGAAAUAUACGAUCAGCCUCAGCGCUUCCAAUUUGACCGUUUUGUGGAGGAUGGGAAGGAAAAAACAGAUUUUUAUAAAUGUGGCCAGAAAGUCCGGUACUAUCGGAUGCCUUUUGGCUCUGGAGCCACACAGUGUCCAGGGCGUUUUUUUGCGAUGAAUGAGCUGAAGCAGUUUGUGUGUGUGGCUUUACUCAUGUGUGAAAUGCAGUUGCUGGAGAACCAGCAGGAGGCGAUGCUAGACAACAGCCGUGCUGGUCUGGGCAUCAUGCCACCUGCUAAUCAAAUCACUUUCAGAUACAGAACCAGGAAACCAGGGGAAAAUAUGAAGAGGGAGGAAUGAACUAAAUGAAUAGAGAGAGACCUUUGUCUGUUCAGUUCUUAGGUAUUUUCCUCUCAUUUUUUUCACAGGGUGCAUGCAAAUAUAUAUAUAUAAAAAAUCAUCAAUAAAAAUAACACUGCCAUGGAAAAAUCUCAUCUUUGUAUGAGCUAAACAUACAUCAUACAGUGCAGUUGGAAUCAGGGUUGAUGCAUUACAGUGAACAGCUUUCUACGUAUAUGCUAUGUGUGACAUAAGGACAGCUUUUCAAACAUCUUACCUCUCAUAAAUCAAUUUUAUCCUAUCACUGUGUAUAAAUAAUUACAAACUCAUAAAGUGGCAAAGGCUGUACAUGCCAGUCACAGGAUUUCAUGCACUGCAGUCUGCAGCUCAUCAUCUAGAGAACACUAAUCAUUUCUUGAGUCCAGCUUUGAAUAUUAAAAGGUAAAUUUUUCUGCUGUUUUGUU